GUCAGAUAGGCCGAGAUGUACGUCAUACAGCCGAAAACAAGUUAACCGAGGUUGAUCUACAGAACAUUUUCCAAACAUUGCCCACGCUACUGGCUGACUCAGUUUGUUUGUUGCAAGAUCCAUCUGCGACGAUAGCGCUCAAGAAUCUUGUUGAUUUGCAGAAUGAUCGUACGUCCCAGAGCGAUCUGGGUAAGCUGUUGAAAGAAACCAUGCAAACACUUGAUCAGACGAAAGAGGAUGUAAAACUAAUGUUUAUACGGGCGGAAAAUACUCUGACAGAAGGCCUGCACAAAUUAGAAGUCGAUAUACACGCUGGAGAACAACGAAUUGAAAGCAUAACACACGAUGAAAAACAACGCCUUGAAAGCAGGAUACAUGAUGGAGAACAUCGCAUUGAACGCAAGGCAGAGGAAUUAGAACAACGCUUUGAAGGAAUGACACAAGAUGGGGAACAACGCAUUAAAAUAAGUACAAAUGAUGGAGAAGAACGCAUUGACAAAAAGGCAGAGAAAGUAGAACACCGCCUUGAAAUUAUAACACAAGAUGGAGAACAACGCAUUUGCAUAAGUACAAAUGCUGGAGAACAGCGCAUUGAAAGCAAGGAAGUGGAAGUAGAACAGUACCUUGAACUGAGGACACAAGAUGGAGAGCAACGCAUUAAAAUAAGUACACGUGAAGGAGAACAACGAAUUGAAAGCAAGGAAGAGGAAGCAACACAAUGCCUUGAGCGUAGGACACAAGACGGAGAAAAACGCAUAACAAGCAUGACAAAUGAUGGAGAACAUCAACUUGAAAGCAAGGCAGAAAAAGUUGAACAACGCCUUGAACUAAGGACACAAGAUGGAGAACAACGUAUAACAAGCAAGACACAUGAAGGAGAACAACGCCUUGAAAGUAAGGCAGAGGAAGUAGAACAACGCCUAGAACGAAGAAGACAAUAUGGAGAACAAAGCAUUAAAAUAAAUGCAAAUGAUGGAGAACAUCGCAUUGAAAGCAAGGCAGAGGAAAUAGAAGAACGCAUUGAAAGAAGGACACAAGAUGGAGAACAACGCAUUACAAGCAAGACAAAUGAUGGAGAACAUCACAUUGAAACUAAGGCAGAGGAAGUAGAACAACGCCUUGAACAUAGGACACAUGAUGGAGAACAACGCAUAACAAGCAGGACAAAUGAUGGAGAACAACGCAUUGAACGCAAUACCCAGGAAGGAGAAAGACGCAUUGACAACAAGACAUGGGUUGGAGAACGUCGCAUUGACAACAAGGUUUAUCAUGGGGAACAACGCCUUGACAAAAAGAUACAUGAUGUGGAACAGCGCCUCGAACAGUCAAAACAUACAAACGCACCUGAGGAUUACGAGCGAGGCGUAGCAGAACUUAUCCAAUGUAUCAAGAACUAUUACAACAGCAAAUUAAGUCACGUGACCAUAUCUGCACUAAAUGACGCCGUCGAUGAGCUACUACGAGAUAUGUAUAUGCCGCCCAAAAUUUGCCUUAUGUGUAAAGAAAAGGGGACAUAUAAAAAAACAGAGAAACAGGUUACAAAGUACAAGGAUAUGUUUUCAAAAGAUGACCCAGUGAACACAAGAAUAUUCCUCCAAGGUGAGGCGGGGUCUGGUAAAACCACAUUCGCGACAAAGUUGGCCUUGGACUGGUGCUUAAACAAAUCAUGCAAACUUAGUCCUCCGAAGUCAAGUUCUCAGUUCGAUUACACAUCACGUAUGUUUGAUGAUUUAAAUGUACUGCAAGACUUUAUGUUUGUAUUUCAUAUCAGAUUGAGAAAUUCGUUUGAGUUGUCUAACGUAACAGAAAUGAUUAAAAAACAAAUUAUAAACAAUAUACACACAAAGGAAGAUCGUAAAAAAGCGUAUGCGCUUCUUAAUGAGAUCAUGAAACGUGAACGGUGCUUGAUAAUUUUGGAUGGUCUAGAUGAGUGGACAGGUUCUGGAGGUCAUCACAACCUACCAACACUGGUCGAAAACCACAGCCGCUGUAUACUGUUGAUUACAACUCGACCUUGGAAAUUGGCUGAAGGAAAAGUUAAGCAUUCUGAUAUUUGCCGAUUGUUCCAACUAGAAGGAAUAAACGAUCAUUUCAAGCUGAGCAGAAUUAUUCUGAGUUGUUUGGUAGAUAAAGAGGAAUUGGACGAAAGACAAGCCGCAUUUGAGAACUACAUACGGGGACUGAAAAUCGGCGCAUUAGUGUCAUCCCCAAUGAUGUUUUCUGUCAUCGUAUGUUCAUUUGUAGAAGGCACAAAACUGAAAGGCUCCAUGUGUGAAAUAUACAGCAUCGUGCUUGAUAGUCUUCUUAAGAAGGCGAGCAGUAAAAGGAAAUACUUUCAAAAACCGCAAUUUAAAUGUUUUACAGAGACACAAUACCUACAACCAAAUAUUGACAACGUCAUCGACAUUGCUGAAGCUGCGUUUUGUUUGCUGUUUUCAGAUACACAGGAACAUUCGAUUGUAUUUGGUGCUAAAGAAAUAGACGCAUUUUUAGACGACACACAAACAGAAUUUGCUCUGAAAGCCGGUAUUUUAACAGAAACAAAGACAUUGUUUGCAGUAAGAUCCACAUCAACGUUUUCCUUUAUACACAAAAGCGUCCAGGAAUUCUUUGCUGCUUACCAUAUCGCCUGCAAUGAAAACGUCAUUUAUGACGUAAUUUCUGAAAACCUCAAACGGCGCCCCUAUCUUGAUAUCCACUUAGUUUUUGUAUUCCUGUGUGGAUUAAAAAUAUCAGCAGCGAAUGCACUCUCUCAAUUGAUGGAAGAAUGUGCCUUGGCGGCUAUUAGGAAAAAAAAAUUAGGAGAUUACUGCGGACUUCGUCAUCAAGACACUGUCUGCGAUGGUUACAUUGAGGCUGUUGCAAAUAUGCAGACUGAUAUUAACUUGCGACACAGUCACUUAAGCUUCGUUUUUUUAUUCGAUUCGAUCAAGAAUCCUGUUUUACAGAACAUCUGGAAUAUGAACGCGCCAAAUGCCUUGUCAUUAACUGUGACUUCAUUUUUACGUGCGAGUGAAGAGUCUAAAUCUAGUAUUUUGAUUGACUUGUCAUCGUGCCACAAGUUGGAUACAUUAAAACUCUACGGACAAUAUAUAGAAUUCAAAGAUACUGGCAGUUCGGCCAAAGCGGAUGUUCAUGUCUGGAUUACUCUUAAAAGUUCAGACAGGGCACAGUAUGAGUACUCUACCCAAUUGCUGCCUUGUAUAAAAUACAUUAAAUUCUCGAGGUUAACUUGCUCUCCUCUUUUGCUACGCGGCCUGUUCAGCGUGCUGCUGACACUCGAUCAUGAGGUACAGUUUGAUCUUGAAAACCCGUACAUAACACCAUAUGCAGAGAACGCAGCCAACUUAUCAAAUGCACGUGUUGGCAUGAGAAUGUUCGGACAACCAACAGAUAUGGCUUUAUUAAACAAUACAUUAAAAAUAUUACUGGUGGGGAAUUACAGUCCCGGUCUGUGGGUGUCUCUCUGUGGUUUAAAUAUCAAGAGUCUUAGUCUAUGUCGUAAUAUCAAGAGUCUUAGUCUAUGUCGUUGGUCUGGAGAUUUGGAAGUGAAAUAUGUAUCGUUUUUGUCGCAUUCGCUUUCGUCACUCACGCAACUGGAAACGCUUAGUAUUAAAGCGUCUGUACACAAUCCCGGUCUAUGGAAGGCUCUCCGUGGUCUGAAUAUUAAGUGUCUUAGUCUUGAUGGUGGGAGAGGAGGUUUUAAAGAAGAAGAUGUAGAUUCAAUAUCGCAGUCACUUUCAACGCUCACAAAGCUGGAAACGCUAAGCAUUAAAGUGGAUAUUGAUAGCCCAAGUCUGUGGAAGGCACUUCAUGGUCUGAAAAGCAAAGGUCUGAGUCUGGGAGGUUCAACAACGGAAGGUUUGAUAUUGACACGUUGUCUUUCGGAGAGUAUCCGUGGUAUAAAUAUCAAGAGUCUGAGUUCGAGAGGUUAUUAUGGAAGCCUGAUCGUUAAGCAUGCAUCGCUGUUGUCACAGACAAUAUCGUCGUUAAAAUACUUGGACUCGCUUACAGUACAUCUGCACACAUAUAUCGACAUCAAGCUACCUCCGACAUUGAAAUGUUUAAAUUUCUACUGCGAUGCUUUGCUUCCAUCCGAAUUACGCGAACUGGUUAACAAGUUGUUCGCAAGUACUCAAGCGCUUGAAGGUAACCUGGCAUUUAAUUGUGCGUCUUCUUCUUUCGAUGGCUUAUAUCUCAAACGAAUUCAACCGGAAGACUACAUCGCUUUUUAUCAGGAACUGGAAAACCGGAAGCAAGUUGCCGUCAAACGAUUUCAAAUAUAUGACCGAACGACUCACUUGAAUAAGUGGAUUGAUUUUGCCGAUUCUGCCUGGUCUGAACGUGCAAAUAAAGGUGUUGUUGAUGAUGAUCAUGGUGACGAUAGCGUUGAUGAUGAUGCAUAUAACUUUUACCUUCAAAGUAUAUCUCGAGAAAUCAUCAAUCGAAUUUCACUGCGAAUUCAGGUUAUUCCAGCCAUGGUCAAAUGAAAUUAAACAUAAACUGUGCAAAUAAUACGUAUGUAAACAUCAUCAAUGCCCUUAAUGUUUUAAGAUAACUUGUUAAUAAACUGAAUAAU